AUGAUGAAUAAUAUGGCAACAGACAAAUUGAGAAUUUCAGGUGCCAGACCAAUAAACAGGCCUAUAAAUAACAAAAUUAGUGAAGAAUGGAACGACAGAUUUUGGCUAGACAAAAUUCCUAAUUAUGAAGGAGCUGCACUAUUUAGUAAAACUCAAGGAGCAAAGCGAAAAAUCAUCAGAAGCACGAAAACUAGUACUCAUCAGCUGCCAAAAAUAGCCAGUUCUAGCUCUUCACAUAUAGUUUCGAAAUUUAAAUUAGAUAUAACUGAGGACCAAAUAUUGAGCUUAAAAGAAGAGCUGGAUUUUCUAUGAAAUUCUUACGAAAUCCCAUAUUUUCACAGAAACCGCUUCCAAGCUCGAUUCAUUUCGAUCCCUUCUGCUACUUUAUCUGCGAAUCAGAUAGCAAAAGAAAUUUAUGAAUUAAAUAAAGGAAUUGCUCCAAUUUUACGUGCAAUAAAUUCCACAAAUUCUAGAGAGAUGAUUUUAUCUAACUCGCCCCCGUGAGUGAACAAAAAAAUUUUGUUCACUCACGGAGGGGGGGUUAAUUUUUUUUCGAAAUUUAAAAAAAUCCUAAUUCGCAAAAAUUGGAAAGUAAAUAUUAAUUUAAUUUAUAAAAUUUAUGUUUUAAAUAGCAAUUCGUUUAAAAAUUAAAUAGAAUUAGCUCUAGAUUUCAUUAUAUUAAUUAUCAUUUAUAUAUCAAAAUUAUUUUCCAUAAAACAUUUUUCUAUUAAAAAAAUUUUUGUUCACUCACGGAGGGUGGGUUUUUGGGCAAAAAAUAGCGAUUUUUCUAAUGGUUUUGUUCACUCACGGAGGGGGGGAGUAAGCUGAAAAAAGAAAUAGAAGAAAUUGAAGAAAAAAAUGAUGAGCAUGUUCUACAAGAAAUCAGUGAAAACAUAAGAAAUUUAAGACUGAGGAGCUUAGAAAUUAUUGACGCUGUAAAAAAGUGACGAGAACAAAUUGGUGACCGAUCUGCUGAAUUUUUGUGGGAAAAUCAAGAUUAUUUAGAAAAAAUGAAAAACGAUAUAGAGUUUUUAUUAGAAGGCCGUAUAUUAGAUUAUUUUAGCAUCCCUCAUCAUUCCAAUACAUUUACAAUUACAGCUCAUAGAAUAGGUUUAAAAGAAUUAAACCUCCAUCGUAGCAUUGAUAAAUUUCCUUCAAAAUUACUUCUCAGCAAAUCUCCAAGAACAGUUACAAAAUCAGCUGAAAAAUAUUUAGGCCUAAAUCCGAAAAAAGUGGCUCCUUUUCAAAAAAAGCUGCCUCCUUCAGAGUCUCCGCCUUUAAUCCAAGAGCCUAAUGAAUCUCCGAAAUCUGAGCGCCCCAGCCAAUAUGAGUCUUCAGAUGAAGAUGAAAAUGAGCAAAAAGCUAACACGAAACUCUAAAAAAUUUUAAUUUAAGAAAAUUUCCAUUAUUUUUAAAUAAAAUUAUAAAGGAAAAUUUAAGACACCACAAAACUUUCUAAUGAGAUUACGAAUAAUUUGAUUUCGAAAUUAAUUGAUAUCCAAUGCACACAAAUAACUAUUGAUGGGGUCAAAGAAAUGAUAGCAGCCGCACUUGUGCUAUUUACAUCGUCAAUUCUAGACAAAUUUUUAACCGAAGUUUUGUCAGAAAUGAUCCCACAAGUAGCUUGGGAAGCAAAACAAGAAAUUACUGAUACAGAAUAUAUCGAUUUUCAGGUACAAAUAUUAAGAGCUGUGCUAGAAGAAGAGCUUUUAGAAGCUGCAAAUGAAACAGCGAAAUAUCAAAUAGCUGAUUUACUUUCGAGUGAAUACUCUCUAUGCAUCCCAAUAGGUGAAAUAGUUGAGGAAUCAAUUGCAGAAGAAAAAGAAUGAAAUGAGAGAAUAGUCCAUGAGGUUUUUAUUGACAUUAUGUCAAUAUUAGUAGAAGAAGAUUGGCUUGAAAUUUUAUGUGAAGAUCAAUUGAGCUAUGCAAGGUUAGAUGAUAUGUGAAAAAUUUUGCCUUUAAAUGUACAGGCAACUAUAUAUAUAUUUUAAUAUAUUAAAUAUAAUUUUAUUUAUUUUAGGAAAUAUUAAUUAGAAUUUAAUAAAAAUGACCAUAUAAAACUGAGAGACCAAAAAUAAUCGGAAAAAUAGCUGAGGACAUUUAUUUUCAGUUUUUGAACGAUUAUGUUGGAAAGGUCUGGGUCGAAAGCAUUUUGAAUUACGCCAUAUGCGAUGCAGGAGGUGACGAAAGUUUAGAAGUUAUCAUGCCGUUAACUGAAAAUAAAAGAAAAGAGGGAAGGCGAGGUACAAAAAUUUAA